AAUAGUAAAAAGAUUCGUGGGACGGCGGGCGCAUAGUUUCAGAGAGUGUCAGAGUCAGACCAAACCCUUUCUCUUCUCUCUCUUACGAAGAAUCCAUCAAAUCCCACACACACUAUAUACGUGUAUCUUCUAUAUUCCUUUCAUAAAAAGUGACAAUUUUUAAAACAAUAUAAUUAAAUUGUUUAAAUUCUCUAUUUUCGUCUUCUUCUUACUUUUAAAAAAAAACCAGCUUUAACUUUCCACACACACUUCUCUUUUUUCUUUCUUUCUCUCUCUCUCUCUCUCCAUAGCUUCUUCUUCAAGGUUUUUGAUCAGCUUCAAAUUUCCAUAGCCAUGGACACAGCUAAAUGGCCUCAGGAGUUUGUUGUGAAGCCAAUGAAUGAGAUCGUGACAAACACAUGCCUAAAACAGCCGAAUCAUCCUCCUACUGCUACUCCGGUGGAAAGGAAGGCAAGACCGGAGAAAGACCAGGCUUUGAACUGUCCUAGAUGCAACUCUUUAAACACCAAGUUCUGUUACUACAACAACUACAGCCUCACGCAGCCCAGGUACUUUUGUAAAGACUGCAGGAGGUAUUGGACCGCAGGUGGUUCCCUCAGGAACAUCCCCGUCGGUGGUGGCGUCCGCAAGAACAAGAGAUCUUCUUCCUCUUCACCCUCUUCGUCUUCUUCUUCCAAGAAACCUCUUUUUGCCCGCAACAACACGCCUCCGCCUCCUCUUCCUCAGCUUAACCCUAAGAUUGGUGAAGCAGCGGCUACUAAAGUUCAAGACUUGACGUUUUCUCAGGGGUUUGGGAACGCCCACGAGGUUAAAGAUCUCAACUUGGCGUUUUCUCAAGGGUUUGGGAUUGCUCAUCAUCAUCACAGUCACAGUAGUAUCCCAGAGUUUCUGCAAGUAGUACCCAGCAGCAGUAUGAAGAACAACACACUUGUCUCAACUUCCUCGGCUUUGGAGCUUUUAGGGAUCUCUACUUCCUCUAAUUCUUCACGCCCUGCUUUCAUGUCUUAUCCAAAUGUUCACGAUUCAUCGGUCUACACAGCGUCCGGGUUUGGUCUGAGUUACCCACAGUUUCAAGACUUCAUGAGACCGGCUUUGGGGUUCUCUCUUGAUGGUGGGGAUCCUCUACAUCAAGAAGAGGGGUCCAGUGGCACUAAUAAUGGAAGGCCUUUGCUGCCAUUCGAGAGCCUCAAACUUCCAGUUUCAUCAUCAAGCACCAACAGUGGUGGUAAUGACAAUGUGAAAGAGAUUAAUGAUCAUCAUAGUGAUCAUGAGAAAGAAGAAGGAGAAGCUGACCAUUCUGUUGGGUUUUGGAAUGGCAUGUUAAGUGCUGGUGCUUCUGCCGCUGCGUCUGGUGGUGGAUCAUGGCAAUAAUUAUAGUCAUGGACCCAAGAGAGCUUUUUAGAAGAAAAGAUUAAAUUUUUCAUCCAAAUUUUAAAAAGAUGAGAGGGUUAACUAUAUAAUCUGGGUGUUUACUAUUUUAGUUCUUUUCCUUUGGUUUCCUCCUUUUCUAAGAAAUUAGUAGUAUUAACUUUGUUGGGGUUGGGGUUGGGGUUGGAUACUGUAUGUAUUUAGACUCUCUUUUAAAUCAAUCUCAGUUGUUCGUUACCUAAAUUUAUGACAUCUUUCCAUUAAUCUUGAUA